GGAGUCUCUGUUACCUCCUCGAGUUGCCGCCAUGGCUACACGCUCCCGUUUCCGUCUACUCUCGGCCUUGCGCACCCCUGCCUCCACGCGCCGCUUCGCGACCGAAUCGCGGUUAGACUCGGACCAUGUUCGCAUCGUUGAAGUCGGGCCUCGAGAUGGACUGCAAAACGAGAAGAAAUCCAUUCCCAUGGAGACAAAAUUGGAGUUGAUCCGCAGACUGGCAAAGACCGGAGUUACAACCAUCGAGGCGGGCUCAUUUGUUCCUGCGAAAUGGGUACCACAGAUGGCUAGUACUGCUGAGAUUUGUGAACAACUUCUCACAUCACCCCCUCCAUCUGAAAAUACAAUUGCCUACAACUACCUCGUUCCCAACAUCAAGGGGCUGGAGAGCCUGGUCAAGAUCAUGGACGCCACUGGCGUGCCAGCGGAUUCACCCGGAUCGGCGUCAAAGGCCGCAACAACAACAGAGAUUUCACUUUUUGCAGCAGCCACUGAAGCAUUUUCAAAAGCAAACACCAACUGUACCAUCGCCGAGUCCUUGGAGCGCAUCAAGCCGAUCGCCGCAUUGGCCAAGACCAAGAAUAUCCGAGUUCGUGGAUAUGUCUCAGUUGCUCUGGGAUGCCCCUACGAAGGACCCGACGUGGAUCCUUCCAAGGUCGCCGACAUUACUGCCACCCUCCUAGAGAUGGGUGCGGAUGAGGUCUCCGUAGCCGACACAACUGGUAUGGGAACGGCACCCCGGACCAUGGAACUUUUGCAAGCCCUGAAGGCCGCGGGUAUUGCCAACUCAGACCUGGCAUUGCACUUCCACGAUACAUACGGACAAGCCCUGCUGAACACUCUUGCGGGCCUGGAGCACGGCGUGCGCUGUUUCGAUUCCAGCGUGGGAGGGUUGGGAGGGUGCCCUUACAGUGUGGGGGCCACUGGCAACGUUUCGACUGAAGAUCUCAUCCACACUUUCAAUAGUCUGGGCCUUCACAGCGGCGUCGAUCUGGCGGAGAUGUCGCGGAUUGGAGCGUGGAUCAGCGAGGAGUUGGGACGAACAAAUGAUAGCCGGGCUGGAAAGGCAACCCUCGCCCGACUGUGAAUAUAAAAGGGGCAAUACUUGUCAUUGAGUUUUG